GCACAACUUCAAAGAGAAAUACUGUUAUACAACAACCUGUGUCUGAGUCAGUCCAGCCGGAGCCUCUGUGACUCUGAACUGUACAAUACACACUGAGACCUGUGCAGGAGAACACAGUGUCUAUUGUUUCAGACAUGGCUCAGGAGAAUCCUGCUCAGCAAUCAUUUACACCCAUUGAGACAGGAGUGAUCAGUGUGAAAAGAGCUCUAAGGCUGGGUCUCCUACACAGAGCUGUGUCUACAACCUCCCCAAGAGGAACCUCAGCCUCUCUGAUGCUGGGACUUACUACUGUGCUGUGGCCUCAUGUGGAGAGAUACUGUUUGGAGACGGGACCAAGAUGGAUAUUGAAGGUAAUUCCCAUUUAAUCUGUAAAUUAACACAAUAAUAUAUUCAUAAGAAUUAACCAAAAAAAUUACAUACUUUUGUCUCAACAAAAUAGAGCUAUACCACUAUUAGAUUAUUGGUGCAAUAUUUUACUGUUUGAUGAUCUUACUACUAGCGUUAAUUAAUACAAAAUUAAUUUACCAAUACCUUCUCCACAGUUCCAGAGCAUGAUUCUCCAUUUGAUUUGAGUCCUACUGUUCUGUCGUUGGUGGUGUCCAACAUCGUUCUGGGGAUAGUGACCCUUCUGCUGGUCUGGGUACUGUGCAUAACUUGGAACAGAGAAAGCAGAGAUAUUAAUUUAUAUCAUAUCUAACGUUUCAUGUCAAAAAAUAAAAUCGGUCUUAUGUAGCAAAAUAUGAAAUUGUGUUUUUUUACAUUGGAUAAAAGUAGAGAGACCUAGAAAAUGGUAUAUCACACACUACAGUUGAGGAACAAUGGGAAAGUAAUUCUGCUUUGAACGUUGAUAAACUUGUAACCUCACUUUUGAGAAAAUGGCCUUUGAAUGUUUUGGUACUACUACUGGAGAGCCCUUCUUUGUCUACACCCAUUCAGCAUCGUUCACACCCUCUUAAGCUUUAGCCCCACCCAUCUCUUUAAGGGUUGAUCCGAGCGUUCUGUCCUAACAAAAGCAGUCAAGCACCCAAACUAACUGGCUAACGCUGGCUAGCUUGCUAGCUACUUGCAGACACAAAUGAGAGAACAGCUCACUGACCACUUUACUCGCCCUAGCAGAGCUGGUUAGACUGUAUUUAUGUUACCCACAGCGUUGGUGACGGCAACUGUGCUGCUGACAACAAUUUACCAUUUUUUUGCCAACAGUUAUUGACACAGGCCAUUUUCAACGGGUGUUGCGCGUUCGUAAAUUCAUCAGUUAUUCUGCGCUUUAGCACACUCAGAAGAGAGCUAAAAUCGGAGUAGAUAUUCAGAGCGAAUUUACCAGCUUCAUCUAUCAACAGUUUUCACAGUGACAUCAUGAACAUUCUAUUUCAAUGUUUACUUGCAUAGUGGAGUCAUUUUUUAAGACAUGUAGCUAGCUAGCUAGCUAAACAAUUAACCAUAAUCCCAACUCAUGACAUUACUACCCUGCAUGAAUCUGCAGGUAGCUAACCAACCAGGUUCAAUGUUAGCUAGCUAAUGUAGUAUCUGAACAUUUAUAGCUUUGGCUGAGGUUUUCAUAUUGUUAGUUAAAUGAACUCUGCGUUGCUGAAACAUCUGGAAAGUAUUACUAUAGGGGCCCCCUAAAACAGUGGACAUGGGGAUAUGUGGAGGCCAGGGAUUGAUCUAUCCAAAACACCCAUCUUAUGUUACAUAGGAUAUAUACCAGGUUUUGAACAAAGGACGGGGAGAAUAAUCAUAUUUAUGAUUGGGUUAGUUGUUCUCCAGAUUCUGCAGAAAUCUGUAAAUUGAUGCUGAAAUCCUUGAUGUAAUAAAGGUUAUAAUCAAGUACAGGGUCAGGGGAUUCCUUGUCAACACAGCAUAUCAGCAUCGUUGUCUCGACACCACACUAACCAUAGGCUAUAACUGGCAAAGCAAAUGGCUCUGAAAUAUGAAUAAUAUUACUACACAGUUCAUACACAUAACGUUAGCUAGCUAGCUAACAGUACAAUUUAACUUGAAACGAAAACUACUUUCUGACAAAAUUAGAAACGUGUAAUAUAUGAAAAUGUAGCUAGCUACAUUAUCUUACCUGUAUACAUGGAUGGACGCUUCUCCUUCUCUGCCACGUUUGCCAUGGUUGCCCUUAGAUUGAAGAUGUAAUCUGGAGACAGGUGUUUUCUCCGUCUCCUUAGCUAUCACACUCUAAUUCCACUGAUUUCAAAACGCGGUCCCCCAGAAAGUGGAGAGCAACACUAACGUAGUUCUACUACAUGAUAUCUUUAAAAAAAGCCAUGUUAGAAAGGAUUACCUACACAUACUGACCAGAUCAUGUUAUAGACAGAAGCGUGCUACAUGGCAGACCAAUCCAAACUCAUCUCUCGGCAUGUCCAGCCCACUCAUUAUCUCAGCCAAUCAUGGCUAGAGGGAAGGUUGCUGUCUUUUUCUGUGGCUAAACCAACUAGGCUCGUAAUUUAACAAUUGUAUUCGUAUUAACAGAUGGCAUACAAGUUUGUUAUUAAGGCACAUGUAAGUUCACAUGUUCCAGAAGGCAUUUCUGCCAAAAAAAAAUAUGUGUUUUGAUAAAUAAAAAAAGUUUACGUUCAAAUUGCUCUCAUGCGAAGUAGUGAUGCGCGCCAAACGCCUCAUUUCCUGAAACGAGUCAGAAAUGUACAUUCUGCAAACAUCAAUUCAAUAUACAACUUAUAAGCAUAGUUAAUUAACUGCAUGAGGUUAAACAGAAAAAUAGAUUGUCUUCACAUUAAUAGCUGGAAUUCCUCUAUUUCAAUCUCUUUCAAGGGAGGACAGAUGUCCCAAAGUCCCAUGGCAAUCAGGUAAUUUUGUCAAUAUGUUUAAACACAGUAUAUUUUCAGUUUUUACAAGAGUGUUUCUUCACAACUGCUAUUUAACUUUCCUUACAGCUAGUAUUCAGCUUAUGUGUGCUUUUUAUGUUAUUAAGCUUUUUUUGGAAGUAACAAGAUGUAGCCUUCUGAUCUUUGUGAUCGUUGUUCAUUUUUCCAUGAAACUUCUGUCUGUCACUGUUCCACUGACUGUCAGGUCAUUGUAGUGGGUGUACAGUCUGAACAGUCAUGUCUUUUGUAGAGUGUUUUCUUCCACAGGAGAAUAGAAACAUUAUAUAGUAGAUCAUGCUAUCAUAAUUUAUUUUCUCAUGGCUCCACCCCCCUCAGAAUCAAGACAGUGACCUGUUGAAUUAUGCAGCUGUGAGUUUCACCCCCAAGAAGAACUCCUCCUCCUCUACAAGAGCAAGAGAGAAGACCAGCAGAGAGGAUGCAGUGUACUCUGAGGUCAGGCACCUGCAGCAGCAGUGAAAGGUAUCACCACUGUCACAAAGACUCCAAGAAGAACCAUUUAACUAUUUGUAGCCUAAUAAAACUGCUUUUAGUAACUGAAAUUAGUAUCCAAUUUUCAAAGUAACAAUGAAAAUGUAAUUUUAACAUUGUCUAUAUGUUAGAUUGAUAUAAUGAUCCUGUAAUGCCUUAAAUAGCCAUAACUUUUUACAGCUUUUUAUUGUAAGAAAUCAUCUGAUAGAGAAUCCCAUUUUUGCUGUAUGUCUGUGUUUUUAACAUAAUAAACCAUUCAUUUAUACACUCCGUACAUCUCUAUUCUCUGUCUACAGUACAUCUCUGCUACCACAUAUACAAAUAUACAAUGUCAUUAAAGGAAUAGCAGUUUAGCUGAAUAUGUGUCAGGCUCCAUCACACCAUUAGAAAUGGAGGAACACCAACACACAUCUAUUUCUUAUCAAAGAAGAGGUGCCUUUUUUAUUUAACCUUAAUUUAAUUAUGUUUAGUGUUGUUGAGAUAAAAAUCUGGUGCUUGCGCACCAUGAGAAUCUCUCUGUCUACACAUACUGCAUAGAUAUACAUAUCUAUGAUUUAAUAUAAAUGCUCUCUUUGUAAGAAGUGCGGUGUCUGUUCACCCACCUACCAGGAAGGGUGUGAUUUGAUAUAUCUCCCACCAAUCAGAGAAAAUAGGUGACUUUCUGCUUUUCUCUCUAACUGUCAGGCAAGAAGCCUACUGAUCACAUUACUGCAUCAGUCUAUUUGGUUCAGGAUGGACUGCAUGAUGACCCCACUCUUCAUCUGUAUGGUAAUACUGCAUCUUGUAAGUACUGUAUUUACAUAUUUAGACUGCCUAGUCCAUUUCUCCUGUGUUUCAGUAGCUAUUUACUGUAAGAUAACUUACAUUGUCCUCUACCUUGGCUCAUCUUAUUGGCAUGGCUUUACUGUAACUCUUACGCAAAUUAGGAUAUUAAUUAAUUAUUUUUACAUCUACAUCAAUUAGCCAAACAUGAGCCCUUUACCUCUGAAUGAUUUACACCAUGGGCAAAUACAGGAGGUGGACUGGGACCAUUUCUGACAAUCCAGACAACAUUUUCCUUGAGGACCUCAUUGUUGGCCAGAUAAUGAUCAUUUUGCAAUAAAACCCAAGUUAGACAGGCGCACUAGGCAAGAAAUGCACCAGCCCUUCUGGCAUUUGGCCGAAAUACCAGAUGGCCAGGCCUCACCUGGGCAAAUAUUUCCCUCUCCAACUAUAUACAGUGGGGGAAAAAAAGUAUUUAGUCAGCCACCAAUUGUGCAAGUUCUCCCACUUAAAAAGAUGAGAGAGGCCUGUAAUUUUCAUCAUAGGUACACGUCAACUAUGACAGACAAAUUGAGAAAAGAAAAUCCCGAAAAUCACAUUGUAUGAUUUUUAAUGAAUUUAUUUGCAAAUUAUGGUGGAAAAUAAGUAUUUGGUCACAUACAAACAAGCAAGAUUUCUGGCUCUCACAGACCUGUAACUUCUUCUUUAAGAGGCUCCUCUGUCCUCCACUCGUUACCUGUAUUAAUGGCACCUGUUUGAACUUGUUAUCAGUAUAAAAGACACCUGUCCACAACCUCAAACAGUCACACUCCAAACUCCACUAUGGCCAAGACCAAAGAGCUGUCAAAGGACACCAGAAACAAAAUUGUAGACCUGCACCAGGCUGGGAAGACUGAAUCUGCAAUAGGUAAGCAGCUUGGUUUGAAGAAAUCAACUGUGGGAGCAAUUAUUAGGAAAUGGAAGACAUACAAGACCACUGAUAAUCUCCCUUGAUCUGGGGCUCCACGCAAGAUCUCACCCCGUGGGUCAAAAUGAUCACAAGAACGGUGAGCAAAAAUCCCAGAACCACACGGGGGGACCUAGUGAAUGACCUGCAGAGAGCUGGGACCAAAGUAACAAAGCCUACCAUAAGUAACACACUACGACGCCAGGGACUCAAAUCCUGCAGUGCCAGACGUGUCCCACUGCUUAAGCCAGUACAUGUCCAGGCCCGUCUGAAGUUUGCUAGAGUGCAUUUGGAUGAUCCAGAAGAGGAUUGGGAGAAUGUCAUAUGGUCAGAUGAAACCAAAAUUUAACUUUUUGGUAAAAACUCAUCUCGUCGUGUUUGGAGGACAAAUAAUGCUGAGUUGCAUCCAAAGAACACCAUACCUACUGUGAAGCAUGGGGGUGGAAACAUCAUGCUUUGGGGCUGUUUUUCUGCAAAGGGACCAGGACGACUGAUCCGUGUAACGGAAAGAAUGAAUGAAUGGGGCCAUGUAUCGUGAGAUUUUGAGUGAAAACCUCCUUCCAUCAGCAAGGGCAUUGAAGAUGAAACGUGGCUGGGUCUUUCAGCAUGACAAUGAUCUCAAACACACCGCCCGGGCAAUGAAGGAGUGGCUUCUUAAGAAGCAUUUCAAGGUCCUGGAGUGGCCUAGCCAGUCUCCAGAUCUCAACCCCAUAGAACAUUUUUGGAGGGAGUUGAAAGUCUGUGUUGCCCAGCGACAGCCCCAAAACAUCACUGCUCUAGAGGAGAUCUGCAUGGAGGAAUGGGCCAAAAUACCAGCAACAGUGUGUGAAAACCUCGUGAAGACUUACAGAAAACGUUUGACCUGUGUCAUUGCCAACAAAGGGUAUAUAACAAAGUAUUGAGAAACUUUUGUUAUUGACCAAAUACUUAUUUUCCACCAUAAUAUGCAAAUAAGAUCAUUAAAAAUCCUACAAUGUGAUUUUCUGGAAAAAAAAUUCUCAAUUUGUCUGUCAUAGUUGACGUGUACCUAUGAUGAAAAUUACAGGCCUCUCUCAUCUUUUUAAGUGGGAGAACAUGCACAAUUGGUGGCUGACUAAAUACUUUUUUCCCCCACUGUAUGUAGUCUGUCCUGUGUGUUCUAGAUGGUACCAUGCAUCCCAUGGUGCCACAGCCUGUGCGGACAGAAUCGUUGCCCCUAGGGGGAUCUGUGACGCUGGAGUGUUUCUCCAUGGUAGACUCAGUGUUAUUCUGGAUAUGGCUGAAACACACCGGGACAUGGUGCAAUUCCAGGGAGAUUUUGCAAAUACGUCCUGUUUUGAGCUACAAAAGAAUGAUAAGAGUUUUAAUUUGACCCUAUGGAAUGUUGCCCAUAUUGAUGUUGGAUCGUAUCAUUGUGGAAUACUCUGGUAUAAUGAAUACUAUUUUGGAGAUGGUGCAUAUCUCAUGAUUCAAAGUCAGUGAAGAAACAGAACGUUUAGUAGCAAACUAUGUUUCCAAUUUGAAUUUCAGAUUUCAGUAUGUGUAAAUGUUUUGUGGUUCUCUUUAGCCAAUGAAUGAACUCAAGUGAAUGAACCAAGCUAGACAUUGAGGGUAAGACCUUCUAAGAGCUGAUAAAAAACGCUGCACAGAUUUUAUAAAAUUCUGAAAAUGAUAUCUUCUCCUCACACGGGGCACCAAAUGUAGCUACAGUUAUUAUAAAUUAUAUGUUAUGGGUAUUCUGAUCAGCAACCUUAAGAAUUCCCUCUUUUUAAAUGUAUGUAUGUAUUUUUCUCAAGAGAAUCAAGACAGAUUUCUGAAUGACAUGAAGUUUGUUCUGGUUGUUAUUAUUAUCCUGAAAGCAACACAUUUUCUUGUGGAGGAGAGCUCUGCAAAAAUGUCAGUAGUGUGCUUAUGUUUGAAUGUCUUAUACUUUUUACAAAAUAUACGAUAUAUGAAUGCCAUAUAUCAAUGUCAUGAAUUAAUAUAAUUUAUUUAGGGGUAACCAUGGACACUUCACCCACAGUCCAAGUGAGGAAUUUGGCAUUAUAUUUUUUGCCUGACGUCAUACUGCUUCACAUUCUCAAGAAAAUAUAAUGCUUCAUAUAGGUUGCUGGGGUAAUUUAGUAAUUAUGGAUUAAGUAUUAUAGUGGAAAUUCAACACCAGGGACACCUGAAGUCAAACUUAAAUGAAUCUUUCUUUAUUGUCAGUUAACUGGAGAGAUCCUGACCGACAUGCGUCAAUGAACAGGAUAGUUGAUUCAGCCUGUGGAACUUUCCAAUGGGGGUCUGCGACGGAAAACCGGUGGCGCAUUAAGGCGUGAGGGAAAUUCCCGUCUGACCAAAAGACGACGAGGACCCGCCCAGACCAGACUCUUACUGCGAGCUUCCCAGGAGGAGACACAUCAUCCGCAAAAAAAUGUAAUGGAUUUGUGUUAAAAAAAAGAAAAGAAAAUGAAGAAAUGACGUCUAUGUGGUCUGGGACUACUAGAAAGAUACUAUAGUCUCUGGCGAGGCUAGAGUAGUCUUUUACUACUGAGUGAGGGUAGAGAAGCCCCACCGACAGCUGUCUAUAGGUAUUUCUAGGAAUUGUCUUUGUGGUCUGGGACCACUGUGGUCUGGACCACUGUGGUCUGGGCCUUCUGUAGUCUAGGACUACUAGAAAGAUACCAUAAUUUCUGGGAGGCUAGAGUAGUCUUUGACUACAGAGUGAGGGUAGAGAAGCCCCACCAACAGCUGUCUAUAGGCAUUUCUAGGAAUUGUCUAUGUGGUCUGGGACCACUAUGGUCUGGGACUUCUGUAGUCUGGGACUACUGAGUGUGUUUGGGAAUAGUACUAAGUGAAUGUGGAUGUGAGAGCUCCUGACAGACAUGUACUACUUGAUGCAUUAAGUUUGUUGGAACCUCUCCAUCUUGCUGAUAAUAAAGAAUGAUUCAUUUAAAUUUGACUUCAGGUGUCCCUGGUGUUGAAUUUCCACGACAGUAUGUAUCUCUGUCUCUGUCUUUAUUUUAGAAUAUGAACAUGGACACAGAAAUGUACGCUCCACUGAGCUUCUCAAUGAACAGAUCAGACUGUGGAAGAGGGAGAGGGCAGGAUGGAGACGUUUCUGAGACACGUUGUGUAUGCUCCCAUAAUGCAAUGGCCGUGAAAUACUUCCCAUCAGUUACAAUAUCAUACUGUAACUACUAUGUAAUUAUGUCAGUAUUGAAUAAAACAAUUGCAUUUUCAAUAACGAUUCAUUUAUUUAUUGAAAGUCUGAACAGAAAUAUAGAAAAAGUAUUACAUGCGAAUCUGCAUCAUCAACAUGUGGGCAUUUUACGUUGACAUUAUGUCACCUAAGCUGACGAGGACUGAAACAUUUGAACAGGCAGUAAACCACAUUUAUGUUUGUAACAGCUGAAGGAUUGUGAAACUGAAUCAUUGAAUUGAUCUAUUUCCUGAUGAGGUAGAUGAUGAAGAUGAUGGUCAGACAGCAGAGAAGAAUUUCAGUUCUUAUGAUGGAGAGAAGGACCAGGAUCCUCAUAUCUGCUUCAGUCGCCACUUGAAUGUCACCACCUGAGAGAAUUUAACCUUUUAUAUUUCCACAUUUUUUAAAUUGUAUAUAAUAUAGUAUUGGCUAAUACAGUGUAAUAACUAAGGUUCAUGUUUGCAUAUUGUUAAUAAACAACCAUAUUAUAUUUACCAUGAAUGUUCAGCUUGGUCCCUUCCAUAAUCACGUGCAGCAUAGUAAUACAUCCCCAUGUUGGAUGGCCUGGCAUCUGAUUUCUUCAGCAAUCUGGCGUGUUAGCAAUACAGUAAAAUGAGCAAGGUGUCCAGGGAUAUGCUCUAUGAGGUGGUCAAGGAGGUCCAGGCGGGAUCUCUGGCCAAGCCACGCAAGUUCACGGAAUCUGUAGAACUCCAUAUCAGCUUGAAGAACUACGAUCCCCAGAAGGACAAGCGUUUCUCUGGCACCGUCAGGUUCGGCCCCUUUCCCGUAUCACCCAUCCUACUGCCUGUCUGCCCCUCCUAGUGAACUGGCCUGGUUUGGCACUUCGAUCUGGACAUUCAUAACUUACUUGCUCACACCCAGUCCCAUUCAUGCGCACUCAAAGACACUUAUGCAGUCAAGUACCCUCCCGAGUGGCGCAGUGGUCUAAGGCACUGCAUCGCAGUGCUAGCUGUGCCACUAGAGAUCCUGGUUUGAAUCCAGGCUCUGUCGUAGCCGGCCGCGACCCGGAGACCCCUGGGGUGGCGCACAAUUGGCCCAGCGUCGUCCAGGGUAGGGGAGGGAAUGGCCGGCAGGGAUGUAGCUCAGUUGGUAGAGCAUGGCAUUUGCAACACAAGGGUUGUGGGUUCGAUUCCCAUUGGGGUCCAGUAAGAAAAAUUCAAUACAAAAAUAAUGUAUGCACUCACUAACUGUAAGUCGCUCUGGAUAAGAGCGUCUGCUAAAUGACUAAAAUGUAAAUAGUCCGGGUAGCCAUGAUUAGCUGUUCAGGAGUAUUAUGGCUUGGGGGUAGAAGCUGUUGAGAAGCCUUUUGGACCUAGACUUGGCGCUCCGGUACCGCUUGCCGUGCGGUAGCAAAGAGAACAGUCUAUGACUAGGGUGGUUUGAGUCAUUGACAAAUUUUAGGGCCUUCCUCUGACACCGCCUGGUAUAGAGGUCCUGGAUGGCAGGAAGCUUGGCCCCAGUUAUGUACUGGGCCGUACGCACUACCCUCUGUAGUGCCUUGCGGUCAGAGGCCGAGCAGUUGCCAUACCAGGCGGUGAUGCAACCAGUCAGGAUGCUCUCGAUGGUGCAGCUGUAUAACUUUUUGAGGAUCUGAGGACCCAUGCUAAAUCUUUUCAGUCUCCUGAGGGGGAAUAGGUUUUAUCGUGCCCUCUUCACGACUGUCUUGGUGUGUUUGGACCAUGAUAGUUCGUUGGUGAUGUGGACACCAAGGAAUUGAAGCUCUCAACCUGUUCCACUACAGCCCCGUCGAUGAGAAUGGGGGCGUGCUCAGUCCUCUUUUUUUUCCUGUAGUCCACAAUCAUCUCCUUUCUCUUGAUCACUUUGAGGGAGAGGUUGUUAUUCUGGCACCACACGGCCAGGUCUCUGACCUCCUCCCUAUAGGCUGUCUCAUCGUUGUCGGUGAUCAGGCCUACCAUUGUUGUGUCAUCGACGAACUUAAUGAUGGUGUUGGAGUCGUGCCUGGCCAUGCAGUCAUGGGUGAACAGGGAGUACAGGAGGGGACUGAGCACGCACCCCUGAGGGGCCCCCAUGUUGAGGAGGAGCGAAGUGGAGGUGUUGUUUCCUACCUUCACCACCUGGGGGAGGCCCAUCAGGAAGUCCAGGACCCAGUUGCACAGGGCGGGGUUCAGACCCAGGGCCCCGAGCUUAAUGAUGAGCUUGGAGGGUACUAUGGUGUUGAAGGCUGGGCUAUAGUCAAUGAACAGCGUUCUGACGUAGAUAUUCCUCUUGUCCAGAUGGGAUAGGGCAGUGUGCAGUGUGAUGGCGAUUGCAUCGUAUGUGGAUCUAUUGGGGUGGUAAGCAAAUUGAAGUGGGUCUAGGAUGUCAGGUAAGGUAGAGGUGAUAUGAUCCUUAACUAGCCUCUCAAAGCACUUCAUGAUGACAGAAGUGAGUGCUAUGGGGCGAUAGUCAUUUAGUUCAGUUACCUUUGCUCUCUUGGGUACAGGAACAAUUGUGGACAUCUCGAAGCAAGUGGGGACAGCAGACUGGGAUAGGGAGAGAUUGAAUAUGUCCGUAAACACUCCAGCCAGCUGGUCUGCGCAUGCUCUGAGGACGCGGCUAGGGAUGCCGUCUGGGCCGGCAGCCUUGCGAGGGUUAACAUGCUUAAUGUCUUACUCACGUCGGCCACGGAGAACGAGAGCCCACAGUCAUUGGGAGUCGGUGGUACUGUGUUAUCCUCAAAGCAGGCGAAGAAGGUGUUUAGCUUGUCUGGGAGCAAGACGUCGGUGUCUGCGACGUGGCUGGUUUUCCCUUUGUAAUCUGUGAUUGUUUUUAGACCCUGCCACAUACGUCUCGUGUCUGAGCCAUUGAAUUGCGUCUCCACUUUGUCUUUGUACUGACGUUUUGGCCUGUUUUAUUGCCUUGCGGUGGGAAUAACUACACUGUUUGUAUUGGACCAUAUUCCCAGUCACCUUACCAUGGUUAAAUGCGGUGGUUUGCGCUUUCAGUUUUGCGCGAAUGCUACAAUCUAUCCACGGUUUCUGGUUUGGGUAGGAUUUAAUAGUCACUGUGGGAACAACAUCCCAUAUACUUCCCGAUGAACUCAGCCACCGUGUCCGUGUAAGCGUCAAUGUUAUUCUCAGAGUGCCCAGAACAUAUCCCAGUCUGCGUGAUCAAAACAAUCUUAAAGCAUGGAUUCCGAUUGGUCAGACCAGCAUUGAAUAGACCUUAACACGGGUACUUCCUGUUUGAGUUUCUGCCUAUAGGAAGGGAGGAGUAAAAUGGAGUCGUGAUCUGAUUUGCCGAAGGGGGAGGGCCUUGUAGGUAUCUCGAAAAGGCGAGUAGCAGUGAUCUAGUGUUUUCCCUAAACGAGUACUACAGUAAAUGUGUGGAUAGAACUUCGGUAGCGUUUUCUUCAAAUUUGCUUUGUUAAAAUCCCCAGCUACAAUAAACGCGGCCUCAGGAUAUGUGGUUUCCAGUUUGCAUAAAGUCCAGUGCAGUUCCUUGAGGGCCGUCGUGGUAUCGGCUUGAGGAGCUGUAACUAUAACCGAAGAGAAUUCUCUUGGGAGGUAAUACGGUCAGCAUUUGAUUGUGAGGUAUUCUAGGUCAGGUGAACAAAAGGACUUGAGUUUCUGUAUGUUAUCACAAUCACACCAUGAGUAGUUAAUCAUGAAGCAUACACCCCCGCCUUUCUUCUUCCUGGAGAGUUCUUUAUUCAUCUGCGAGAUGAACUGAGAACCCAGCUGGCUGUAUGGAUGGGGACAGUAUUUCCUGAGAGAGCCAUGAUUCCAUGAAACAGAGUAUGUUACAGUCUCUGAUGUCUCUCUGGAAGGAGAUCCUCGCCCUGAGCUCGUCUACUUUAUUGUUCAGAGACUGAACAUUAGUGAGUAAUAUACUCAGAAGUGGUGGAUGGUGUGCCCGCUUCCUGAGUCGGACCAGAAGUCCACUCCGAAUACCUCUUCUCCGCCGGCGGUGACUUGGAGCAGCAUAUGGGAUAAGUUCAAUUGCCCUGGGGGAACGAACAAAGGAACCAAUUCGGGAAAGUCGUAUUCCUGGUCAUAAUGAUAGUGAGUUACCUGCGCUCUGAUAUCCAAAAGUUUUUUCGGCUGUAUGUAAUAACAUACUCAACCACUUUUAGUACGUAAAUAAUAGCUAAAUAAAUCUUGCUAUAUUGUAUUUGUGUAGUUAUAUUAAAUGUAUUGAAAUGUAAGUCAAUCAAUCUCUGCAAUGUAUGUUUGUUAGUUGUACCUCAGGGCUACUUUAGCUCUCUCUAACUCAGUUAGGCCACACAGCUCAGUGGUACAGGGUGUGGUUAGAGAGGAGGAGUUAGAAGUCAAAACACAUCUGUUUAAUGGCUUCAGAGGAGUAGUUGCCUCUUUUAGCCUUAGUAUUUCCUUUCUUGACUUUGCACUGAUCAAAGCGUCCUAUUCCGAGAAACACCUUAUAAGGAGAAUAUGAUUGGGGGCCAGUGAGGGUACGCAUCACUUCCUGUGGUGUGGGUGACUGGAUGGAGCAGCUCAGUGUAAAUUGAGACCUGAUGAGAUUACUGGGUCUCUCAUAGACUAACACUAGGGGAUGAAAUGUCCCUUAUGCUCUCUCUCUCUCUCUCUCUCUCUCUCUCUCUCUCUCUCUCUCUCUCUCUCUCUCUCUCUCUCUCUCUCUCUCUCUCUCUCUCUCUGCAUGUCUCGCCAGGCUUGUUGUUGUUUUGCAUAUUUCAUGCAUAUGACUAAUUACACUAAUAUACUUGCUGUUUGACGAUGUCUAAAACAUAUUGAUUGUUUUAGCGAGAUAGCUUGUAUAUGUAACACGUUAUUUUCUUCUUGUUUUUAUUUGAAGAUGCAACUGAGAGAUCACCAACCCAACCAGUCGAUCAGGUUAACUCUUUGUUGUAUCACUCCACUUUGUUAUGGCUCCACCUCUCUCACACAGAACCAAGACACUGACGUGGUAAACUAUGCAGCUGUGAGUUUCACCACCAAGAAAAGCUCCUCCUCCAGAAGAGCAAGAGCCAAGACCAGCAGAAAGGACGCAGAGCACUCUGAGGUCAGGUUCUUUCAGCAGGAGUGAGACGUGAAGAACCUCACCACAUUGAACAGAAAACACAUCCAUAUACAUCAGAAAUAACUUUGAAGGCCUUGUGAUGACUGGUAAAUCAACCGCUUUUAGUACGUAAAUAAUAGCUAAAUAAAAUAGGAAAUAGCUCUACUUGUAACCUAGAAAAGCAACUUGUAUUAGAAUAUUAGGUGAGUAGGCUUUAAUUAUUUCUCUACUGUCUUAAAUAUUGGAAUAGCAUCUUAAUUGAAUAAAUGUUGCUGAUCAAAAAUCACUGCUUCCUUUAUGAGUUUGUUAUUACACCCUAGUGUAUUUUCAUCAUGUUAUAUGUUACAUUUAGAUAUAUUAAACUGUUAAAAAGAAUGACCCUCUAGUUGAACGGUGAAGUCAAAGUGAAAACAGGAAAGUCCCUAACUAGGAUUGAGUUGUGUUUCACUAUAUUAGAUCACUCCAAUAUAUUGGUAUCACUCCGCGGCGGAGGGAUACAUCCGAGGAUAGGAUUUACAGAUUUACUCCCGUGUACACCUGUGUCACGGCUGUGGUCUGCCCCUAUAUAUAGACACCAUGGCCGCGACACACGUUCUCUUUAAUUUUCUCGCCGGACGUCUGUAUGGUUUGAGGUACAAACUUUCUGUAGUUCGCUUGGUAAGUCACUGUUAAGUGUAAUAUCUUGCAUGGAAGUAUACUCACUGGCCAGCCCCUCCUCUUGAGUGCUCCACUCGCUGCGCGCGGUUGAUCUGUAUCUUCCGCCCGUGGUUUAUCGUACUUGUGUUUCGUUGGCGUUACACUACGACUCCGUGUGCAUCCAUUAGUAUGGUGGCUCUUGCUGCACAAACUGUCUCAGGCCGGGGGAACUUUGUGGCAUCCGAGACUGCACCGCCUCAGUCUGUGGGCUUCGCUGCUGAACGGCACCAAUGGUCCAUGUUAGGACUACAGGAGGGCGUAAUGAACACCAUGCAGAGCACAAGGGCACCGGCUACAACCGCAGCAUACCAGUUACGCUGGCGGUUGUUCUGCUCUUGGUGCACUGGUAUUGAGGUUGUGCCUGAGUCAUGCGGGGUGCAGUAUGUCCUCCAAUACCUGCAGUCUCGCUUGGAUGAGGGCUUGGCAGCCUCUACACUGAGAGGGUAUUUGGCCGCUAUAUCUGCCUGCCAUGUGGGGUGGAUGGACAGGCCAGUGGGGCGCCAUCCCAUGGUCUCCAGGUUUAUAAAGGGGGUUUGUCGCCUGCGUCCAGCUAGGACCCGCUCAAUGGCGAGCUGGGAUCUGGAUGUGGUCUUGGCAGCUUUGGCAAAGCCGCCUUUCAAACCGUUGGAGUCUGCCUCCCUGAAACACCUCUCUAUGAAGGUGUUUUUUUUGGUAGCGAUUACUUCCAUGAAGAGCGUGGGUGAGCUCCAUGCUUUUCCGGUAAGUUCUGAGUGCUAACGGAUGGACCCCGGUGGGAGGAGUAUGUCUUCCUCCCGAAGGUUCUGUCAGACAGGCAUGUGAACCUCCCUUUUAUCCUGUCUGCUUACGACCCCCCGGCAGUGGCCGGGGACUCUGGGCCUCCCUCCGGCAUGCUGUGCCCUGCGCGGGCACUGGCUGCCUAUGGGGAGCGGACACUUUAAGUGAGAACAACAGACCAGCUCUUUGUCUGCUAUGGUGAGAGAGUCCUAGGGGCUGGGCUAACAAAGCAGAGGCUCUCUCACCGGAUCGGGGACACGAUUACGACAGCAUACCGCCUGGCUGGCAGGCCAGUGCUGGGAUCUGUGGUGGCACAUUCAACACAAGGUGUGGCUGCGUCCUGAGCUCUACUGAGAGGAGUGCCCCUCGCUGAUAUCUGUGCUGCAGCCAGCUGGGCUUCCUCUUGCACCUUUGCUAGGUACUAUCGGGUAAAUGUGGCACCUCCCUCUGCGGUUGGUUCAGCGGUCCUGGGCGUCGCCUCCCCUUCUGGGGACAGAGCCAGGACUCCCCUUCCACAUUGACGGCCCCUGCGUCUCGGUUCCGUGCUGGGACUUCGCCCGCUGGCUUGUAAGGUCCCUCUAGCACUGAAUAAAUCUGGUACGGGUAUACCAAUAUAUCGGAGUGAUCCAUAUAGCUCACAUAACCGUGGUUACAUACGUAACCUUCAUUUCCUAACUCACAACAUGGGUGACCUUCUGAUCCAAACAUUAUAUUAUCAGGUUGUAUUUUCUUGUAUCCAGUCUUGCAAAGUGACACUGAUUCAAACUUCAUAGAAAUACUGUUUCUGUUCCACAUAUGACCUACUGAACAGCCAAUAAGGUGUUUAGCAGAACACAUUUAAUAGACCAAUCAGACCCCACCUAGAUCUAACCAAUCAGACCACAGAUGUGUGAUUCAAUGUAUUUUUUACAAGUUGCACACUACAAAUCACUCCUGCUCCAGAAAAGCUAGGGUCGAGGUCAAGAUGGUUGAGCUCUUGGUCUUUCUUCUUCUCUGCAACUCUUGUAAGUGACACAUUUCCUAAGAAAGUCAACUUUCAAGCUGGGUUCAAUAAUAUGUGUUUGGUAUACUGUCUUUUUCUGAAUGGAAAUACUUGAUUUUGUUUCAGGCGUUUUAUGUAUUGAUGAAAGUAGGGAUAUUUCACCUAAAUAUAUAUUCAACAAAGCAAGAGGACGUUGGGAUGUACUACUGUGGAUUGGUGCGCUUAAACUUCAUAGAGUUUGGACCUGGAACCACCUUGAUGCUUAAAGGUAAUGCAAUUACUUGUAAGUUUAAAGUCAUACGCUGAUAAAUUAUAUGCUGAAAUAUAAUAUAUGACAUGAUUUAAAAAAUAAUUUUUAGGGAUUAUGAUAAGUCAAUAACAUUUCAUUUCAAAGGUACAAAGUUAAAUAGUAAUACUGUUGUCCAGAGAGCAUUUGUCUGAGUCAGUCCAGCCAGGAGACUCUGUGACUCUGAACUGUACAAUACACACUGAGACCUGUGUAGGAGAACACAGUGUCUAUUGGUUCAGUCAUGGCUCAGGAGAAUCCCGUCCAGGAAUCAUUUACACCCAUGGAGACAGGAGUGAUCAGUGUGAGAAGAGCCCUGAGGCUGGGUCUCCUACACAGAGCUGUUUCUACAACCUCCCCAAGAGGAACCUCAGCCUCUCUGAUGCUGGGACUUACUACUGUGCUGUGGCCUCAUGUGGAGAGAUACUGUUUGGGAACGGGACCAAGCUGAACAUUCAUGGUAAAUCCCAUUUAAUCUGUAAAUAUCCCCAACCAUACUGUCUAUUUAUGCAAACGGCCUACCUCCAAAUGACCCCAUACAUUUGUCUCAACAAGCUAUACAAUAACACCAUUAGCUUUUGAUUCCAUAUUUUUCUGUUUAAUGAAAUUCCUAAGCGCUCAUGAAUACAAUAUGAAUUCCCUGAUACCCUUUCCACAGUUCCAGAGCAUGAUUCUCCAUUUGAUCAGUCCAACUGUUCUGGCCUUGGUCGUCUCCAACAUCGUCCUCGGGAUAGUGACCCUUCUACUUGUCUGGGUGCUGUGCAAGACUCAGAACAGAGAUAGCAGAGGUAUUACUGUAUAUCUAAUGUAUCCAAUGUAUCUAAUGUUAUAACUGAUGUAUCUAAUGUUUCAUGCAUCUCUAUGCAAUGUACCUUCUGUAAAUAUCAGCUAAAUAACCAACGUAUAAGCAUUGUUAAUGAACUACAUGAGGUUAAAAAGAGAUAGGUUGUCAUAAAAAAUAAUAGCUGGCCUUCCUCUAUUUCAAUCUCUUUGAAGGGAGGACAGAUGUCCCAACAUCCCAGGGUAAUCAGGUACAUUUGUCAACAUUUAUAAAUAUAGUAUAUUUUCAGUUUUUACAACAAACUGCCAUUUAACUUUCUUUCCACCUAAUAUUCAGCAUAUUUGUGCUUUAUGUGUUAUUAAAAUGUAUUGGAAGUAAUAGGUCACUGUACUAGAUGAAGCCUUCUGAUCUUUGUGAUCGUUGUUAAUUUUUCCAUGGAACUUCUGUCUGUCACUGUUCCACUGACUGUCAGGUCAUUGUAGUGGGUGUACAGUCUGAACAGUCCUGUCUUUUGUAGAGUGUUUUCUUCCACAGGAGAAUAGAAACAUUAUAUAGUAGAUCAUGCUAUCAUCAUAAUGUAUUUCCUCAUGGCUCCACCACCCUCAGAAUCAAGACAGUGAUGUGUUGAACUAUGCAGCUGUGAGUUUCACCCCCAAGAAGAAGUCCUCCUCCUCUAGAAGAGCAAGAGAGAAGACCAGCAGAGAGGAUGCAGUGUACUCUGAUGUCAGAUACCUGCAGCAGCAGUGA